CUUCCAUUGGCCCACCGAUGAAGAGGUGUCGUAUGUCCCAUUGGAGCCAUGAAAACAGCAAGGACGGCAUUCCGGUGGGAUUUCAACGGAUGUGAUAAAGUUAAAACAAAAUAGUUUUUGCUGGGAUACAUUUUCAUGUGAUUGGCUGUGGACAUAACAAAGACCUUCCUUCAGCAUUAGCGGCUUACAAAACCAUAUUUGUCCCCAAAUUUGGUUUGUUUUUCGGUACCAACAAUGUCCGAAGAAAAGGAUCAUUCAGAACAGCUGACGGCAACCGAGCCAAUAGCGCCAGACGGACUGUCGGUGAACCCAAGGGCGGUUUGUAGCGUGUGUACUCGCUUGUACCGGGAUCCUAAAAUCCUGCCGUGCCUGCACACAUUCUGUCUGGACUGUAUCAAGCAGUUGGAGCCAUUCUCGGUGGCCGCUGGUCGCCACCGGGAUGGCCCAGAACAGGAGGGCCGGGACGGAGAAGUUACGAAAGAGGCGAGGAAAGAGAAACGGGUCAACGUCACGGUGCUCUGCCCCGACUGUGACUCUGAAGUGGACCUUCCGCCUUCGGGGCCUGUCGGACUAAGCACCGACCACUUGGCGUUAGACGAAGUGUUUCUCGAGACCCUGGUUAGCAACGGCCCGCUUGGGUGUGACCUGUGUGGCGAAAGCCGGGCGGAGAGCCGCUGUGAGGUCUGCUGCGUCAACUUGUGCGAAUUCUGUUUUCAAGCGCACAGGCGUCAGACGCGUACAGCGUCGCACCCUAUUCAGCAAUUGCAGGAUCUCAAGUCUCGGGGUCGCCUCUGCCGUCCCGUCCUGUGUGCUGUCCAUCCCGGCCAGGAGCUGCGCCUCUUCUGCCAGCCUUGCGACCUGCCAGUGUGCCUGGAAUGCGCCACAACGCUGCACUCUGAGCACCGCUGCUGUCCCACCCAUGAAGUCAUUGGCUGCCAGAGAGACCGCAUCAGGACGCUGGUCACUGUCCGCCUGCGACCACACCUGCAAAGACUGGAGCAGACACUGCAGAAGGUGGAGGUUUCCCAGAAGGCUUUACAAACGAGAGUGGAGGCCACAGCCAAUGAGAUGAGGGCAUUCGCUCGAGGCUACGCCAGUGCGGUGGAAGCUCAUUGCCUGGCCCUGCUGCGUCGCCUGGACGAACUUCACCUCCAAUGCAGGAACCAGCUGCAUCUGCAGAAGGCGCAGCUGCAGCAGGCGCUGUCGGACGUCCGGGAUGGCGUGGACUUUGCCGACCGGCUGCUGAGCUGUGGCUCGGAUGCCGAGAUCCUCAGUGCUAAGGGCGUGACGCUGAGAAGGCUGAGCAGCCUGGCGGAGGGCAGCUGUGAUGACCAGCUGGCUGCCCUCGUCCCUGAUGACGGCAGUGGUAUCCGCUUUGAUCCCCAGGGGAUGGCGGGUGAGCUGAGCGGCUACCCAGUGGUGGGCGUGAUCCAUUUUAAGGCUUUGGACCCCAACAAGUGCACUAUAGAAGGAGAAGGUCUCCAGCAGGCCAGUGAGGGCCAGCAGGCCCACUUCACCCUGGUUUGCAGAGACUCUGCCGGGGACCAGAUGGCACAUGGUGGGGAUCCUGUCCUGGUCAGCAUCGUCCACAGGGAGAGGAAACACUGUGCGGUGGAAAGCACAUUAGUGGACAACAAUGACGGCUCUUACAAAGUUUCCUACAGACCGGAUGAGGCUGGCACGUACUCUGUGUGGGUUUGUGUCAAAGCUCAACAUGUAAAGGGUUCUCCGUUUGUUUUGAACGUGACAAAGAAGCUGAGGCAUCACACUGGAAUGUUCCACUGCUGCUCCUUCUGCUCCAGUGGAGGGGCCAAGGAGGCACGCUGUGGCUGUCCAGGAACUAUGCCCGGAGGAUUUCAAGGGUGCGGUCACAGCCAUAAGGGUCAUCCCGGAAAGCCGCAUUGGUCGUGUUGUGGCAGCACCACGGAGAAGUCAGAGUGUUUACCUGCCUGCGUGAUUAAAGCCGUCUCUGCUGGCAAACACUUACGCACUGUCGCGCUCUGAAGUUGGACGAUGUGGCGAUGAUGGGCCCGGAACAGGAAGUGUGUCGACUUGACUGAGUUGCCAGAAAGCCAUCUCCAAGAAAUGAGAAACAUUCUCCGGCUGUUACUUCAAGUGUAGAGAUGCACCGAUCCGAUAUCUGGAUCGGAUAUCGGUCCCGAUAUCAACAAAAUAGACGGAUCGGGUAUCGGAAAAUACAGCCGAUCUGUGAGCCGAUACUUUCCUUAAUCUAUUGGGACGCGGGCUACGUCAUACGUCAGCAGCACGUGUGCCGCAUGCCACGAGAGUUUUCUAAACAAACGCAAACAUGGAGCGAACGUUCGCUUCUCUUCCCCGGGUUGCUAAGCGGACGUCAAACCAUGCGCGUUCGCUUCUCUUCGGGUUGCUAAUGGGACGUCAAAGGCUGCGCGUUCGCUUCUCUCCCGAAUGGGGGGGGCUAAUCGGAUGUGAAACGCUGCGUGUUCGCUUCUCUUCCGGGGGGGUGUUAAUGGGACGUCAAACGCUUUGUGUGGCGGGCUCCAUCUAGUGUGGAAACUGAGAAGCUGAGCUCAAGCUUCUUGUGCGGGCCAUAUUCAAUUAUGUUUUCAGAAUUUGCUGCGGGCCAAUAAAAACUGGACCGUUAGUUUGGACACCCCUAAUUUAGAGCAAAGAACUGUGUAGUCUGCCUGAUGCCAUUGCCUUUGGUCUUUUCUGUUCCACAUGUAGAGUUAUGUAGCUUGUUAAGUUUGAACUGGACUGCCCCUACACCUGUCUAUGGACCCCGUGGAGGCUAUUUUGUGUGUUUUGGGGUGUUCUCUUGUAUUGAGGGGUGCUGGUUGGCCGCUGUUACUUUUUUUCCUUUGUCUUUUAGCUUUGUUUUGCUUUGAUGGCUUUUAUCUUGAGCACUUUCUGCCUUUCUUUGUGGCACCGUUGUGUGGCAGCCUUAUGAGAGCCUAUUGAGUUGCGCUCAUGCCAUCUGUGUGUCUUUUGUAUACCCACUCUGUGGUAUGAAUACGGCUGGGGCCUGAAUUUCCCCACCCCUGGGGAUCAAUAAAUAUACAAUCAAUCAAUCAAUCAAGUCAACCAUAAUAUCGGAUCGGUAUCGGGUAUCGACCGAUACGCAAAGCCACGGCAUCGGUAUCGGUAUCGGAACUGAAAAAGUCGGAUCGGUGCAUCUCUAUUCAAGUGCCUUUAUUAUUUAACAACACUGCCUUUGAACUUGAAACAAUGCAACAAAUAGUACAAUCAAUUUGCCAAUAAGCAAAACAUAAAAAAAAAUCCAAUCCCAUUAUUGUUGCAGAAUAAUGUUCAAAAUGCUUACAUAUGUAGUGAGUCAUCCAUUUUUGGGAAUGCCUUUUUUGUACAAUUACAUUUUAACUGUUGUUUCAGACUGGCAUCUGAGAUCUUUUGGUGCUGCUGUUGAGGCUCAUUAAUGACCUCUUUCAUGUGUGAAUGGUAAUGUCUGUGAUCUGACACUCAUAUGACUCAUUUCUCCUUCCAUAUUAGAAAAAGGCAGCUCUGUCUAAUUAACUAUUUUAUUAACUAUAUUUUAAGAUCAUUCCAUGGGUCUUACAAUUGCUGACACAUUGGAUAUACUACUGCCAAGCUUACAGUUUACAUGCUCCCUUUCUUCAGUCCUUACAAUUUGACAAUUUUUAUGACAAAUGUUUUUGAACUAUGAGAGAUUUUCUCCAAUGAAAGCAACUGUUGCCAUAAAUGCUAUUAUUACACACUGUUCUAUCACCCAAUGUGCAUGUUUUUCCACUGAAAUGAUACUACUGUCUGUACAUUGUAAUAAACAAUCAGGUGUGUGUCUUA